GGGAGCCGCGGCGGAGGCGCAUGGAGACAACGGCCGCCGCUGUGUGCUGGGUUCUUUUCUUCCAUCUUCCUCUCAUCUCUGGAAGCUCCAUCCGUAUUGGAAUAGGCAGCAAUUAUUCCAAUCUCUAUGAACAGAGCAUUCUGCCGUGUAAAAAAGAAGAACUACAGUGUGGUGACGGACUCUGCCUCUUAAACUGGCUGCGCUGUCACUAUAAGAAGGACUGUGGUAGAGACUACAUGUCCAUCAAACUAACAUGCUCAAAAGUUCACUUGAACCAGAGCAGCCCCACCAGUGAAUUCCCCAGCUACGGUGAAAACGGAAAUGAUACCAGUUUACUUGUUUCACCCCUUCUGGUGGCUGGAGUAGUGAUUGGACUCGUGCUAUUUCUAUCCUGUGUUACAAUCAUUGUUGGCAGUCUGCGAAAGGACGGACGGUUAAGACACCCACAUCUGAGAAGAGACGCUGUUUAUGCUCCCGAUGGCUUCUCUUAUGGUGGUUCUUUUGGAGAGCUGAGAUCCACCUGCAUGGAGGAGUUUCCCCCAGCUUUUGAUUUUGGGUCCUAUCUGGAUACACUUUCUCAGGUCAACGUCAUGUAUCCCGAUUCACCUCCACGCUACGAUGAAUGCGUGGGGCCAGGAGCAACACAAAUAUAUAUUCCCACAGAUGAUCCCCCCCCAUAUUCUCUUAUGGACCCUUAUCAAAGAAACGAAAUAUCUAUAAACAUUAGCGUGGAAGAGGAAGCAGCAUCUGGGACUACAGGACAGGCUGCAAAUUAUGCAGUCAGGCUGCAGGACUUGCAGCAGCCCAUUUCAUCCAUCUCUCUGUCGUCUCUCACUCUGGAGGCUGCUCCCCUGUACGAGACGGUGGUGUGUGAACAGAAUAUCCCCAUCCCACUUGUUCCAAUGGAAGUACUGAAAAAUUCUUCCACUGACUAUCAGACCCUUCUGAACCAAAUCAUGUGAAUAUAAAAGUGGCGCUCUCCUUCAAUUCUUCUGAAGAACUCAGACCAACAAAAACAUUUAAAUGGAAGAAUAAAACCUCUGAAAGUUUUACCUAUUUUAUA